CUCUUCACUAUUUCCCUCUUCGCUUCAGUCAGUAUAAGCACAGGAAGAGAAUGCAACAAUUGUUCUCUCUCUUGUUAAGAUACUUUUAAUUUCUUUAAUAUCAUCUUCAAAGUAAAUUAUUCUAUUAUUUAUUUUUGUCAACAUUGAACUUACUUAUUAAUGAUGCGAAUGUAUUAUCAAUUGAAUCGCCAAGUAUUGGAGAGUGUUAGGUUAUAAUCAGUGUUUAGUUUGUGUAUAUGAACUGAGAAAUAUUUAAAAAUGUCGAUCGAAAUUGAAUCCGCUGAUGUGAUUCGAUUGAUACAGCAAUAUCUUAAGGAAUCAAACCUCGUGAAAACACUACAAACUUUACAGGAGGAAACAGGUGUAUCGUUGAAUACAGUUGACAGUGUAGAUGGAUUUGUUGCUGACAUAAAUAAUGGUCAUUGGGAUACUGUUUUAAAAGCAAUACAGUCAUUAAAAUUACCUGACAAGAAACUUAUAGAUUUGUAUGAACAGGUUGUCCUAGAGUUAAUUGAAUUACGUGAGUUAGGAGCUGCACGUUCUUUAUUAAGGCAAACUGAUCCUAUGAUUAUGAUGAAGCAACAAGAGCCUGAGAGAUAUAUUCAUUUAGAAAAUCUGCUUGCGCGUUCAUACUUUGAUCCACGCGAGGCAUAUCCUGACGGAAGCACAAAAGAAAAACGAAGGGCAUACAUAGCAACUGCUCUUGCGGGUGAAGUGUCUGUAGUACCCUCUAGCAGAUUGCUGGCUUUGUUGGGACAGGCGUUAAAAUGGCAGCAACAUCAGGGUCUGCUACCACCAGGAACUACGAUAGAUCUGUUCCGAGGAAAAGCGGCGGUUCGUGACCAGGAGGACGAGAAAUAUCCGACUCAGCUGUCGAAGCAGAUCAAGUUUGGCCAAAAGUCGCAUGUGGAGUGCUCGCGUUUCUCGCCUGACGGCCAAUACCUGGUGACCGGGUCGGUGGAUGGUUUCAUCGAGGUGUGGAACUUCACGACCGGUAAAAUCAGGAAAGACUUGAAAUAUCAGGCGCAGGACAACUUUAUGAUGAUGGAACAGGCGGUAUUGUCGAUGUCGUUCAGCCGCGACAGCGAGAUGCUGGCGGGUGGCGGUCAGGACGGCAAGAUCAAAGUCUGGAGAGUGCAGAGUGGACAGUGCUUGAGAAGAUUUGAAAAGGCGCACUCGAAGGGCGUAACCUGUCUGCAGUUUAGCAGAGAUAAUAGUCAAAUUUUGUCUACUUCGUUUGAUACUACUAUAAGGAUACAUGGUCUUAAGUCAGGGAAGACUCUCAAAGAAUUCCGCGGUCAUGGCUCGUUCGUAAAUGAAGUAAUUUUUUCUCCAGACGGUCAUAAUAUAAUCAGCGCUUCGUCGGACGGAACUGUAAAAAUCUGGAGCUUGAAGACCACCGAAUGUAUAGGUACUUACAAGUCAUUGGGUGCCGCAGAUCUCACGGUGAACAGCAUACAUUCUUUGCCCCGAAAUCCAGAGCACUUUGUCGUGUGCAAUCGUUCCAAUACGGUGGUAAUUAUGAAUAUGCAAGGACAAAUCGUUAGAUCGUUCUCUAGCGGUAAACGAGAAGGUGGUGACUUCGUGUGCACGGUGGUGAGCCCGCGUGGCGAAUUUAUUUACUGCGUCGGAGAGGAUCUCGUGUUGUACUGCUUCUCCACAUCGUCGGGAAAACUCGAGAGAACUCUGAAUAUACACGAAAAGGAUGUAAUCGGCUUGGCACAUCACCCUCAUCAGAAUCUACUGUGUUCCUAUAGCGAGGAUGGCCUUUUGAAACUAUGGAAACCGUGAACGAGCGAAGAAACCAUCGUCUUUUUCUUACUUUACUACGUGCUCUUGAAGAGAGGACUUAAAUCUUAUUUUCAUGUAUUAUAACCAUUCUUAUUUACGUAAAAAUAGUUUAGAAUUCAUGAAACAUAUUAAGGCUUCUGAGUACUCGUCCUAGAAUUCUGGAUUGAUGACAUCAGAAACAAGAGAACUCAUGUUCAAAAUUUUUGUUUAUCAUUAAAAAAAAAUGAUAUCUAUACGAAAGAACACUUUUGAUCGCUCGAGCAUACUUAUAAAAUGCUCUGGAAUUCUUUUUCCUUGGCAGUCAAUAAAUAGUCUCAAAAUUAAUGUGACAUGAAAUCUUCCUCUUGAACCUAUCUUCCAGAUUUUGUUACGUUUAUUUUGCAGCUAUUUUUUUGAUUACCAAGGGAAAAAUAUAGUUUUUGAAACAUUUUACAAGAUCUUAAGUAUUUUACAAGUAUCAAGCGAUCUGAAGUGUUCCGCAGCGAGUGCUCAGAAGCCUUAACUCUAUUCAUCAUUUAUCAACAAGCACACACAUACUGUAUAUAUUCCACUUAAACAAAAAUACAAAAAAAAAAUCAAACGAUUGUUACAAUUUCGUUCCGAGUAGAACUGCGAACGCAAUUCUUGACAGCCUCGACCGUCUCUUCACGCCUCAUUCACGCUUCUCAUUAUGGCCAAUCGCGUUAACGAGGUGGGAAACGCGCGAUUUUUCACGGAAAGCCGUCGAUAUCGCUGAAGCAUUGGAUGUAACGCGUCCGCCGCGGGCAAUAAUAGACAUUACGCUCAGGUCUCGGCGGUAUCUGAUCGUGCGAACCUAAUCGUUACAGCGUCGCCGACGCAGAGUCGAGGCAGGUAGAUAGGAUACAGGCUGCAAGGGUGGGUGGUUGGCUGGUCGGCUCAUUCAGGACUAAGUGCACCUCCUCUCGUACCUAUUCCCCUUCGUCGUCACGUAGAACACGGGCCCUUCUUCGUAGAUCGACCAUGCGUGCGUGCGUGCGUGCGCGCGCGCGCGGACGUUGCUGUAAUUGGGCCCGAGCAAAUAAGCAAUCACUAUAUUUCGGCUCGGCAAAUAUUAUAAUAACAGGCUGGUGGGGUUAAC